AUGACAUGCCGUGCUGGCCGCGCUGUCGUGCACCGCUUCAUCUGUGCUCGGCACAACAAGGCGGAGGAGGCCGUGGCUGCGUUUCCGCUGGGCGCGUACGGCCACCUUGGACCAGCGUGCGUGCACAUGACAGUGCACCGCACCAACGCCAGCGGUGUCUGCCAGCCGCGUCACGCUGCAACGCCCUGCCCCACCAACAGCGUUCCACUGCCGACACUGGCACAGCAGCGCUACCAACGCCACGAGAUUGUUGGGUUGACGCACUUCAACAUGGCGACGUUCGUGCACAACGGGGACCCGGCGUGCUCGUCGACCAACUGGAACCAAGGCGUCAACUGCUCCAACCCGGCCGUGUUCAACCCCGUCAAGCUGGACAUUGACAACUGGAUUGCUUCGUACAAGGCCCUUGGUGCCAAGCACGCCGUCCUCACCGCCAAGCAUGGUUGCGGCUUCCUGCUCUGGAGCACCAACACCAGUCUUCCCAACGGUCGUCCGUAUGGCUAUGGGGUUCAACGGCCCAACGUACCCUCGUUCCCGCGCGAUGUUGUGCUUGAGUUCAGCACAAAAAUGCAGGCAGCUGGCCUUGGUCAUGGCUUCUACUACUCCACGGGCAACAACUUCUACCUCAACCGCAUCGACUUUAAGCCAGCAGGCGCCCUCUUGCCAGGACAGGUAGUAAAUGUCACGGACAAGGAGUACAACACGCUCGUGUUCGAGCACGUGCGGGAGCUGUGGUCGCGGUACGGGAACCUGACGGAGAUUUGGUUUGACCACGGCUAUGCCGGCGACCAGAAGGCCGCGCUGCAACAGCUCCUGCAACAGUACCAGCCACAUGCGGCAGGAUUCAACGGCUACGGCAUCAUGCCCAGCCCCGUCAAGUGGUGCGGCACGGAGAGCGGAACGCCCCCGCGCGGUUUCUGGAGCACGGGGUGCGACGCGAGCUCGGGCAACCCAAACGCCACCAGCUACUGCCCAACCGGCGUCGACACAACGCUGCAGGACUUUGACACGUGGUUCUGGAUGCCCGGCGUGCCCAUCCGCUCGCUGGGCGCCAUGAUGGACGUGUACCACGCAUCGGUCGGCAACAACGGCGUGCUUGAACUCGACUUUGCCAUCAACAGAGACGGGCUCGUGGACGCGACGCACGCGGUGCUGUACAAGCAGCUUGGCGACUGGAUCCGCGCGUGCUACGGCACUCCGCUCGCCAACGCGUCGGCGACAGGAACCACCGUGACCCUCACGUUCCAGCAGCCCGUGACGACGGACCGGUUCAUGCUGCAGGAGGCGUUUGAGUCCGGGGAACGCGUGCGCACGUGGCGCAUUGACGUGCAAGAGAAGAAUCAUCUGCAGCAAAUGCGGCAACGGCAUGAGGGAGAAUACGCUCCGCGGCGAUGA